AUGGCCCUGCGUAAUGCUAUUGCCGACACCUUUGAUCAGCUGGAAGCUGACCCGGAUGUGCAAGUGAUCAUCCUCACAGGGGCAGGCCGCGCCUUUACGGUAGGGCUGGAUCUGAAAGAACUGGGGGGUGAAAAGCCGGCUGAUGCAGCGGUCUCGAGCCGCGAUCUGAGUGAUGCCAUCGGCGCACUGAGCAAGCCCGUUAUCGGCGCAGUGAAUGGCUUUGCCAUCACUGGUGGCUUCGAAAUUGCACUGAUGUGCGACUUCCUCAUCGCCAGCCCCAAUGCCCGCUUUGCAGAUACCCACGCAAGAGUUGGGGUUGUUCCCGGCUGGGGGCUGUCACAACGUUUGCCUCGUUUGAUCGGCAUCAACCGCGCCAAAGAAUUAAGCCUGACCGGCAAUUAUCUCGAUGCCGAAACGGCCUGCGCCUGGGGGCUGGUGAAUCGCGUUGUGCCCGCGGAAGAAUUACUGUCCACCUGUGAAGCCCUGGCACGGGAUAUCGUCAGCACCGACCCAGUCACUCGCGGCGAAAUCCGUCGGAUCAUGGACGCCGGCUGGGCUGCGACGCUGGACGAGGGCCUGCAACUGGAAGACACCGCCAGCCGCGCGCAUUCGAAAAGCCAGGUACGCGCAGAUAAAGUUGCCCAGCGGCGCAAAGAUAUUCAGAGCAGAGGACGGGUGCAGACUGAUGGGUAA